CUUGGAGAGCAAAUAAGAUUGGGAAUCAAUUCCUUUGGGUUGUUUAUCGGAGAAUGGCGAACCAGUUGGAAAGCUUAGUGGCGACGAUAAAAUCGAAAGUGAGGGCGUUGAAGAAAUCGAAGAAGAGUAGUAACAAGCCGUACAUUAAGAUGGACAAAAGCUCCAGCAUCAAGGUGGAGAUCCGUAGCAGGAAAGCACGACAGCUCAUCGAUCGAACUCUCGAGGCCGCCGAUCGCCCCGGAAAACGUACCGUUUCAUGAACCUCCUCUUCUUUUCCCCGUUAUCUUCCGUAGAUGCAUUUUCAUUUUCAUUUUCAUUUUCAUUUUUAGAAAUGUUUUAGGUUUUCUUCUUUUCUAGUUUUCUAUCAAUCUUAUACGUCCUGAUUUCCCAAUACAUGAAU